CUUUGUUUUGUGUUUAAUAUUUCUCGCGGCUACAUUCACUUUUAGGUGCAUUUUGACCGUUAUUUCGCCUCCACUAGCCGGUUUGAAUUAGCUUACAAGAAGACCCGUCACUGAUCGCCCGAGCGGCGUUAGCGUAUGACACGAUGGACCAAACCUCGUUAUUUGGGAUAACAGAGUUGGACAGACUUGGAAGGACUCAGGGGCUCUAUGAAGCUAACAGGAUGGCCAGCUGAACAGUUGGCCAACAUUUGAAAGCUCUCUAAGCCUUCGUGUCGUGCUGUUUUCCUAAAUAACUCUACGCCAAGCCCUAAUUUAACUUAAAUUUCAUGCUCACAAGUCUUAAGAAUUUCGCGAAAGUUGAUGUCCUAAUUUAGUUAAGAUAUUUUUUUAAAAAUUAUUAUUAAAGACGCAAAGGCAUUAAGAUUUGAGUGAUCCCAGCUGGGUGGACUCGCUUCAUUUGGACACUACUAGAGAUUUUCUAGUUAUCAGAACAAAAGAAUAUAUAUAUAAGUAAUAAGCAGACAUGAGCAGCAAUAGGACAGAGAACCCAGUGAUUCUGGGCUUGUCAAACCAGAACGGACAGCUAAGAGGUUCAGUAAAACCUGCUGGAGCUCCAGGUGGAGGUGGCGGAGGUCCUCAACAGCAGCAGUUGAACCAGAUGAAGGGCACAAUCAAUGGAAACUCCCAGCCAGCCCCUCCAACAAACGCUAUUAUUAAGCCUGGAGACGACUGGAAGAAAAAUUUGAAAUUGCCCCCAAAAGAUACGAGGAUUAAAACUUCGGAUGUGACUGCAACUAAAGGCAAUGAGUUUGAAGAUUAUUGUCUAAAGCGGGAGCUACUCAUGGGAAUCUUUGAGAUGGGCUGGGAGAAGCCAUCUCCAAUUCAGGAGGAAAGCAUUCCCAUCGCACUGUCAGGGAGGGAUAUUUUGGCCAGAGCCAAGAACGGCACAGGAAAGAGUGGAGCCUACCUCAUUCCUUUACUGGAACGCAUCGACCUGAAGAGGGACUGUUUACAAGCUUUGGUCAUCGUGCCCACCAGAGAAUUGGCACUGCAAGUAAGCCAAAUAUGUAUCCAGGUCAGCAAACACAUGGGGGGCGUGAAGGUGAUGGCGACCACUGGUGGAACCAACCUCCGCGAUGACAUCAUGAGGCUUGAUGAAACGGUACACGUGGUUAUCGCUACUCCUGGGAGAAUCCUAGACCUCAUCAAGAAAGGAGUUGCCAAAGUCGGUCAAGUGCAGAUGAUCGUUUUGGAUGAAGCAGACAAGCUCCUGUCUCAGGACUUUGUGGUUAUGAUGGAGGAGAUGCUGGGCUUCCUGCCCAGACAGAGGCAGAUCUUACUUUAUUCUGCCACCUUUCCUCUCAGUGUGCAGAAGUUUAUGAACGCACACCUGCAGAAACCUUAUGAGAUCAACCUAAUGGAGGAGCUGACUUUGAAGGGUGUGACUCAGUAUUAUGCUUAUGUGACUGAAAGGCAGAAGGUCCAUUGCCUCAACACUUUGUUUUCCAGGCUCCAGAUCAACCAGUCUAUAAUCUUCUGCAACUCCUCUCAGAGAGUGGAGCUUCUCGCCAAGAAGAUCUCCCAGCUUGGUUAUUCAUGUUUCUACAUCCAUGCCAAGAUGAGACAGGAACAUCGUAAUCGCGUGUUCCACGACUUUAGAAACGGCCUCUGCCGGAAUCUCGUCUGCACUGACCUCUUCACAAGAGGAAUUGACAUUCAAGCUGUGAAUGUUGUGAUCAAUUUUGAUUUUCCCAAGCUGGGAGAAACGUACCUUCAUCGCAUCGGUCGAUCUGGUCGUUUUGGACACCUGGGUCUCGCCAUCAACCUCAUCACGUACGACGAUCGCUUCAACCUUAAAGGGAUCGAGGAGCAGCUCGGAACGGAGAUCAAGCCCAUCCCUGGAAUCAUCGACAAGAGCUUGUAUGUGGCGGAGUACCACAGCGAGGGUGGUGAAGAAGUCAAGCAGUGAGCCAAUCAAUCCCCCCCCCCCCCCUCCCCCUCCCCCAAACCCUCUUCAACCCUCGCCACCUUGGAUUAUUUUUUUCCCCGUGUACAGUUUCUUUCUGUCUUCCUGUUUUUGGAUGCCACCAGUAGGAAUGUUGUGAUGGACGCUUUCUGGAAGAACUCAUUUGCCUUAUUUAAAGGCUUCGUGCUGCAUCACAAAGGACUGAAGGCACGAGCACCAGGAGGAGAGCAUGGGACCAAGUCAAAGGAAAUCCGUGCAAGACGUGAAACCAGCACCAACAGACCUGAGAUGCCACGCCCUCACCCUCCACCUUUUAUUUAGAAAGUUUUAACAAAUUUAUAUCAAGUGCCUUAACAAGCAGUUCAACUAAAGUAAUAACCCUCCAUUAUCCACCAUUUUUUCUCACUCCAUACCACGCAGUCAUGUUCACCUCGUAGAGAAUUCAGUAAUUUAACCGGAAAGGUGAAUUCAUAACUUAUUUUGGUCCAUUUGGGAGGGAAAAGAGUAAAUUUGAAGGGAGCUGGUCUGGUUCAUCAGGACUCAUCUGUUGAGUUGAGGACAAACUUGGAUUUUCACUGGACAGAGACUGGGUUUUUUCUUUGUUCUCCAAGAGACAGCCAGACUGUCCAGAUGCUUGUGAAGAAGCUCGUGCUUCUAGAGACCCUGCAGCUGUCCUCCGUCUUCAGCGUCAGAACACUAAAAGUCAAAGAGCAGCCUGCUAACACCAUGAGGAUUCCUGUUUCAGUGCAGAUUAUUUGAAGAGAGCAUCUUUUUCUCUGGUUUUUGUCUUGAGUUUCACACUCUUAUGGAUGGCCAUACUUAAUUCAGCUAGAUGUGGGGGUGCUGCCUAAUGUAAAUACCUUCAUUUUAAGAUUGUUUUAAAAGAAAAAGAGUAAAACGGCCGGCCAACGAACUGGAAAGCUGCCCGCCCCCUUCUCUCACUCUCGUUAGCACGGAGGAUCUUCUCAACUGCCGGUUUGUGCAAAUUUGGCCCGAGGAUUUAUUUAUAAUUUUAAAAGGAUUAUAAAAAAUCGAGCAUGACUUUGUUCAUGAAGUUAUCAGUCGUUUUUCUUUUUAAGACUCCAAAUUUGACGACGAGUGCAAUUCUUCAACAACACAAUUGCUGUUUAGUUCUUCUCGUGCUAGCAGUGUUAACGAGCUUCGAGUCCAGACGGGCGGCGAUCCGACCUUCUGAUGAAUGAACUUUGCUACCAGCUUUGACUCAUGAAGCUGGUGUUUAAAAGAAGCUACUAAUCUGUCUUACAGUAAUCGCUGCAGUGCAGCUGAAUUGGCUGUUAAAUUGUUUUUCUUGGGGAGAUGGGGGGGGGGGGGGGGCAUAUUAUCUGUUACUUAAAUUUAUGCUAUGUUUAAGCUUCGCUAUGAAAAACGUGUUUGCUGAAGCCAAGUUCUCCUUCCUUUUGGCAAGUCAGCCAAAUGCUUCAAAACAGCAUCAGACCUGAAAUGUAGCAGGAAGUUAAUCUGAGCUGCAGGUCAGCCGGCUGCCCUGAACCCGGUUGGCACAAGUCCCUAAAAAAUGAUACAAAAAAAUCGCCUCAGCAGGUUUGGUUGCACUUAAAACCGGCUUCACGAUGUCCAGAGAGGGAGGUCGUGGUGUAGUCCUGGGAAAUGAAAAUGGGCGAGGCAGACACAAACUCACUGCUUAUUGAGCAUCCCAGCCUCGUUCUGUCGUUACUUUGUGUUUUUGGGGUUUGGGUCAUACUUUCUCCAACAGCCCAUGUUUGCAUGAAGGUUCUCUGAACAUCAGCUAGAACCUUCCUGCCAGUUGGGUUCCCUCUUCAUGGUGAGAUGCUCUAAUGUUCUAACCAAUGAGGAUAGUUAAAUCAACCAAACGUUAAACGAUCCCAUCUCUCAUUGGUGCGAGCUCAGAUCCCUGUUCUCUCCCAUCUGGUUGUCCCAGAAAUGGUUCUGCAUUUGGGUGAUUUGGCUUUUGGGUGGGUGGGGUUCUCUAGAACAAAAACAAACUAAAAAUGAACCAAAACCUAACGGAGUGAACAGGGGUCUCAUUGUUCAGACACUUGGCAGCCGUCUGCUUCUUGUCGGCCGCUGGCAGAAAUCUUCCUGAUAAGUCGCGGCUUCAGUGUGGGUAGAGUUGCUGCCAGAGGCCGACAGGUGAACCGUAAAGACUGAGACAAGAGCAUCUCGCCCGCUUCGGGUACUAAUUGAGUAAUUUAUUAAACCAAAUUGUCUCAUUCUUUAAGGUCUUUUAUUAAAUUAGUCAGGUGGGUAAUUUGGAACACUUGCUGCCCUGAUGCACUGGUUCAUCUAAACAGUUGGAACACAAAAUCACAACCUUUGUUAAUUCGGCCAUCCUGUCACAACCCUGUCAGGAUAACGAGUCCUUUUUAGGAUUCCCUCAGGACUCAAGUGCAUCAGUAAAGGAAAACUGGGAUGGGCAGGUGGGCACUUUAAAACAAGAAAACCAAUGUGAAGAAAAAAAAAGUCCAGUUUUGUUAAUGGGUACAAAAAUGUUCAAAAGAGUUGCCCUUAGAUUUUUGUUUCUCAAAUGUUCAAACAGGUACGUCUUCACCAAAAGAAACCCCCAAAUUGAAGUGAAUUUAACGCCUGUGUUCAUUUAAUUUGAGUUAUAAAUUGGCUAAAAGUUUUCAGUGAUGCAAAUUUUACAAGUGAGAUCUGUCUUGGAAGUGAUUGGGUUUAAAGUUUUGUUUGGAAAAAUAAAGCUCACUGAAAUUUA